AUGCAAAAUUUUAUACAUUCAAAGCGACAAUAUGUCGUUUCACAAAAACUUCUUGGAUCUGUGUUCAAAUAUAAUCUAAAUAAAUAUAAAAUAUGUAACACCAUGUCUACAAAUAUUAAUCUUACGUACCAGUUAUAUGGAAUAAAAACUAAGAAAUUAAUGCAAAUACCGCUAUUACAUUCAAAAAAUCAAAGUUUUGGAAUUUAUUUUCCAAGUUUGUGUAAUGCAAGAAAUUUUAGCACAAGUUCUAUUUAUUAUCAGCAACCAAAUGAUCCUACAGAAUCUAAUAAAGAUCCUAAAAAGGAUAAAUCAAAUGACCCUAAUGAGUCAGUACUCUUUGCAGUGAAAAUAUUUUCCGUGCUCUCAUUUAUAAUGUUAACUUACUUAGUAUUUGUUUCAAUAUCUCUCAAUAAUUCAGCUGUAGUAAUACCAUGGCCUGAUUUUAUACAUGAAUUACUUUUGAAAGGACAAGUUCAAGAAAUUAUAAUACGUCCAUUUGAUAUGCAAAUUAUAGUGAAACCUGGUGCUACAUAUAAAGGAAAAUCACUCGAUUAUCGAUACAUUGUAAUUAAAAAUAACCGUGAUCUCAAUUCUGUUGAGGAUCAAAUUAGAGCUAUAGAAAAACGUGUUGGCAUUAAAACAGAGGAUGGAAUUUCAAUUAGAUAUGUUCAGAAUAAUACGAAAUUAGCUAUGUCAUCAUUGUUGUUAUGGGCGAUCUUCUUUGCUGGUGCAUAUGCGGUUUAUCGUCAUCCUCUGGUCAAGAAAUCAUUGAGUAACAUUAUGCCUUUUAGUAAAGCAAACUAUACAUUAGUAGAACCUUUUCUUGGCAAAGGUGUUCAUUUUAAAGAUGUGGCUGGUUUAAAAGAAGCCAAAAUAGAAGUCAUGGAAUUUGUUGAUUAUCUUAAAAACUCUGAAAAAUAUACGAAACUUGGUGCUAAAGUACCUAAAGGAGCCCUACUGUUAGGACCACCAGGUUGUGGUAAAACACUUUUAGCUAAAGCUGUUGCAACUGAAGCAAGUGUUCCAUUUUUAUCUAUGAAUGGAUCUGAAUUCACUGAACUAAUAGGUGGAUUAGGUGCUGCACGUGUAAGAGAUUUAUUUGCAGAAGCUAAAAAAAGAGCUCCUAGUAUUAUUUAUAUAGAUGAAAUUGAUGCAAUAGGCAAGAAACGGGCAGAUUCAUAUGUUGAAGGUAGCAACAGUGAAUCAGAGAGAACAUUAAAUCAGCUUUUAGUAGAAAUGGAUGGAAUGAUAGCAGCAAAAGAUGUUAUUAUUCUGGCCUCAACAAAUAGAUCGGAAGUUUUAGAUAAAGCUUUAUUAAGAUGUGGUAGAUUUGAUAGACAUAUUUUAAUUGAUCUUCCUACCUUGCAAGAGAGAGAACAAAUUUUUGAGUAUCAUCUCCAGUCAUUAUCAUUGGAAGGCAAACCAAACCAGUAUAGUAAAUAUUUAGCUCAUCUUACUCCAGGUUUUAGUGGAGCUGAUAUAGCAAAUAUUUGCAAUGAGGCUGCAUUACAUGCAGCAAGUGAGAAAAAAGUUAAAGUUGACAAUAAUGAUCUUAUGUAUGCAAUUGAUAAAGUAUUAGGUGGCACAGUAAAAAGAUCUAGUACAUUGACACCUUCUGAAAAAAAAACUAUCGUUUAUCACGAAGCUGGUCAUGCAUUAGCAGCAUGGUUGUUGGAACAUUCAAAACCUCUAAUUAAAGUAACAGUAGUACCAAGAACAAAUAGACGUCUGGGAUUUUCUCAGUAUUCCGAUUCAAAUCUGAAACUUCAAACUUCAGACUACCUCCUUGAAUAUAUGUGUGUAUUGUUAGGUGGUAGAGUUGCAGAAAAUAUAAUAUUUAAUAAAGUUUCAACUGGUGCACAGAAUGAUUUAGAAAAGGUGACAGAAAUCGCGUAUCGUCAAGUGCAACAAUUUGGAAUGAGUCCGUCUGUGGGUUUAGUUUCCUUUGACAAAGAACUAACAACGACAAAGAACAAAAAACCAUAUAGUAAGAAAUUGGGAAGAUUAAUGGAUGCAGAAGUACGAAGAAUAAUUAUCGAAGCAUAUAAAAAGACUGAAAAAUUAUUACAAGAUAAUAGGGAUAAAUUGAUAAUAUUGGCUGAAACACUUUUGAAGAAGGAAACCUUAACAUAUAAGGAUAUAGAAGCAUUAAUUGGUCCUCCACCUUUUGGAAAAAAAGAUCUUAUGGACCUUCAGACAUGUAACCCAGAUAUUGAAUAAGUAAAAUUGAUAAUACGUACCACAUUUUGAUAGAUACCUAAUAUUAAGUUCUAUAGGACAAACCUUUCAUAAAAGAUUUGUAGUUCAUUUCACAAAGAAU